UUUUAUUUAUUUUCAUAAAUAUUCUUCUGCAGUUGUAAAGUUAAUUUUUCUUCAGUUUGUUACAUUAAUAACAAUAACUAAUAAAUAAUUUAUUAAAAAUGUAUCUUUUUGCUGUUUUUGUCGCUGCUCAAAUUUUAGCGCUUCAAAUAAAUGCAGCAUCAGUCUCCGCCGACAAGCAUGUAGAAAAAUUUCAAAAAAAAUGUCCAGUUUUUCCAAAUAAUUUAGAAAAAACUAUUGAUUUUGCUGAAAAAUCCUACCAAUCUUUGCUUGUGUCCGGCGUUCCUGAAGAAAUACUGAACAAAGAAAUAGACCGGAUGGUUGUUUGUGUAUUCCAACAUUUAGGAUUGAUAAAACCUGACAAUUCCUGUGACGCUAAAGCAGUAGUUAAUUUCUUCAAAGAAACUAGUCCGUAUUUCAGAGAACAAUUGCGAGCUUCAGAGAAGAAAUUGGCCAGUUUUGAAAGAUGUCUUUCUAAAAAGAGUGAAAGCGCCGAAGAAGCCAGAGAUUGGAUUAUAAAUUGUCUGCAGAAAGAAAUCUGGUUACACCCAGUGGAUUAUAAGCCGAAAGAAAUUGAUGAGAAAGAAAAAAAUUUUUAAAUAUUAAUUAAUUAAAUAUUUAAAUAUUAAUAAAUUAUUUUGUUUAAAAUGAUAAUUUAUGAUUGUUAAUAAAUUGAUAGAGUUAAAAAAUAAGUGUGCAAUAAUUUUUUUGAUCAAAUAAUAGAACAAGAAUUUUCUUAUAAAUUUUCCAAGAUUUUCCGACUCCAUUUUCCA